GUUACUUAACUCUCUUAAACUCUCAUUCUCUCUCUGAGUUAGUGACACUCUCGUUUUGAGCCUCAGGUGUUCGACGAUUGUUCUUCAUAUCUUGGCUGUCUAGCAUUUCCCUUUUGGUAUAAAAUGGGAAGACAGCCAUGUUGUGAUAAAGUUGGGUUGAAGAAGGGGCCAUGGACUGCAGAGGAAGAUAAGAAACUUAUCAGCUUCAUUCUCACCAAUGGCCAAUAUUGCUGGAGAGCUGUCCCUAAGCUUGCAGGAUUAUUAAGGUGUGGGAAGAGUUGCAGGCUGAGGUGGACGAAUUACCUUAGACCAGACUUAAAGAGAGGCCUUCUUUCAGAAUACGAAGAGAAAAUGGUCAUUGAUCUUCAUGCUCAACUCGGCAAUAGAUGGUCCAAGAUUGCUUCUCAUCUUCCUGGAAGAACUGAUAAUGAGAUAAAAAACCACUGGAACACCCACAUAAAGAAAAAGCUCAAGAAAAUGGGCAUUGAUCCUAUCACACACAAACCACUCCCUAAUGCAAAUCAACAAACCCAAAAUCAUCCCCAACAAGAACAACAACAACAACAACUACACCAACCACCUGAAGAAGAGCAAAAUUACCAACAACCUUUGCAAAUUGACUUUGACACCGAGGUUGACCCUAACAAGGAGCUAGAGAUUUCAGUUGAAUCAUCAAAUGUCAGUGAAGGCAAAGAGGAAGAGCAAAUCAUGGCAACACCUCAAUUUGAGACAAUGGAUCAGCUAAUGAAUGGGUUCUGCACAGAUGAAGUUCCAAUAAUUGAACCUAAUGAGAUUCUAAUGCCUUGUGCUCCUUCCUCUUCAGCCACCUCUACAUCUUCUUCAAAUUCAACCAACAUCCUUGAAGACCUGCAGCUACCUGAUUUUGAAUGGUUUUGUGAUUACAUUGAUAGUAGUCUUAGUAAUAACAAUAACAACCAUGAAGACAAGAACACCAAUAAUAGCAGUGUGGCUUUGUGGGAUGAUGAUGACGACUUUAUUAGCAAACUUAAUUGGCUGAUCUCUGAAGACGAUGACUGUGAUGGUCCUCUCACUCAAUUCUCAAGAACUGUCACGGAUUCAUGGGCUUUUGGCUUGUUUUGAUUUCAAAUUUUCUACCCUUUUCUUUUGCCCUGUUUUCAAUCUGAUUCUAAGCUUUUAAUUAAGAAGAAUAAACAGAUAAUGAUUAGGAAGAACACAGCUCUUGUUAAGCAUUACCAACUUUCCUCCUAACUUCUCACUUUUUCAUGUACAAAUAAUAUGUAUGUGAUAUAUGAUAAUGGAAAUACGUUCCUUUCUUUAUUUUUAUAA